UAAUGAGCAUUUAAGCUGAUUUCUACACUUGCGCGAACAAGUACAACAACGAGCCGACGAAGAAGAAAUAGAAAUAAUCUUCGCUACAAAAGUCAUAAUGCCUAAAACAAAAGAAGUGGUGUCCUCCACAUCUGGAAGCGACUCUGAUAGUGAGGUUGAAACCAAGGCAAAGAGAAAGAAGUCAAGUACACCAGAAAAAACGGUUAAGAAACCCAAAAGUGGAGAGAGUUCAAAGCCUGGAGGUUCUUCCAAAAGCGGCAGUAACGCCGAGGACAACAUGUUUCAGAUUGGAAGAAUGAGAUACGUCAGUGUCCGGGACUUCAAAGGUAAAGUUCUGAUCGACAUCAGAGAAUACUGGACGAACUCUGACGGGGAUAUGAAGCCCGGGAAGAAAGGUCUUAUCUGGAUUGAAAGAUAUCAGCAGACAAAUGGAUGAAUGACAAAGACAACAAACCAGAAAUGGAGACAUCGGAAGUAGAAUGAAUGGCAGAGUCAAAGCAGGCCACAAAGAAUGUUUUGCGACUACAGAAACGUAACAAACCUCAAAACCGUCAUGCUGGCUAAAAGAACACCAGGGUGAAUGUUAGUGCUUUUUAACAAACAAAAAUGAACAAUGUGUUUUUUCUACUACACUAUAUUAUACUAAGAGCUUGUAGAUUUUUUGGGUAACCCCUUUAGCUUCAUGACAUGGACCACUACAGUAUUAAAACACCCUUCCUUCGAGUAUGACACAGCAAAUGUAUUCAAUGUCAAUCAAAACAGCCACUACUCUCUGAGAAGAUUCAAACGUGCUUUCAUGUCUUUUCACUAGAUUUGAGUGGCUUUUAUAUAAAAGUAUCCAAAGGGGUCUAAAUAUAGCAAUAGAGUUGCUAAGUUGGCAGCACCGAUCCUUCCUGCUGCAUCUUCUUAUUAUCUGACAGACCAGGUGUGUUCGUCUAUUUAUAUACAAAAAUGGUGUGCAGGCAUGGUUUCAC